AAGAGAAUCGAACGGCGGUGGCGGAGGAACGCGAAUCGGAUUCUCUCCGAGAGCUGCUCAGCUCCGAUUCGUUCGUAGGUGGUAGUAGCCGUACGGUACCGUUGUGUCGUCGUCGUCGCCGUGUUGCGUUGGAUUUCGCCAGUUCAGUCAGUCGUCGGGAGCAGCUGAGAGCGUGCAGUCAGCAGUUUACCUUUGGAAGUCCUACGUGCGUCGUGUUCGCGGAGUGAAGUGCGUUGUCUUCUCUAGACAGACAGACAGACACAGCAGCAGCAGGAAGGAAAACAAGAGCCUCUGCACGGCAGCGCAGAAAAUAACAGGCACGGAAUAGUUGUGUGCGGAACAUUUUGCGUCGUCGUUUUUUUUUUGUGUUUUUUUUUCGCGCUGGAUCAAACAAGCGAGAAAAAUAGUGAUUUCAGCCAUUGCCCGUCGUCGUCGUCGUGAAUUGGAAUUGCACUCGAGUGUGAAGAUUGUGUGUGCAGCAGCAGAAGGUGCAUUUAGAAUUAGCCGACGAAAAUUCCUAGACAAGACUGUGCCAGGCCAGUGCAUCUCGCAACGUCUUAGAGGCCAUUUUUAGAAUCGGUGGAAAAACGGCCAGGCUGAGCUAGUAAAGAGAAAAACUCCUCAAAGAAAUUCAUUGCAUGUAACUACAUACUAGCGCUGCGCUGGGAGGAGGAGAUUAUUAUUAUUAUUGGAAAACCAGCCAAUAGUCGUCGGAUCGGAAUUACGUUGGCAUCGACGGGCGGCGGCGAGAGAGACCACUAAAAGAAGACCACCGAUGCUAUUGCACAAGUUUUCCUUAAAGCCACUAUACAGAAGAGAAAAUAAAAGUGAAUCAGAAAAGGCAUUCAAGCGCGCAAAAGCAAAUCAAUCAGGAAGCAAUCAAUGUGCACAGCAGUGAGGCAAGAAAAUCAGACACAUUCCCGGGGUCUAAAAGUUUGUUUUUCUUUUUCUAGCUUGUGCAGCAAAGGUUUUUUUAUAUCACAAUAGAAGAAAAUAGUGAUUUCAGUGAGUGAGUGAGUUUGCACUUUUCGGUCGUGGGCUGUGGUUUGGUGCGCGUGGUCUUUUCAAUUGGCCCCUUCGUCGCAAGACAUCAAAUUGCGAAAGUCGCGUGGCUUUCGAUUGAGGCGCGCUCGAGCACCGAACCGAACCAAACCAAUACCAAAAGGAAUAGCAGUAGCACCAACAGCGAACAGCGAACGACAUGCCUUUCAUCUCGAAGGACUGGAGAUCACCCGGCGAGGCUUGGGUCAAAACGGAGGAAGGCUGGGAAAAGCUGAAAGUGCUGGAAUGUGUCAAACGGAAAAGGUGCAUCUCUGAAUGUAGUAGUUCUAGUGAUACGGAAAACGACAUUGAAAAUGGAGAUACCGAAAUUCCCCCACACUGUCACAUAACGCUGAAAUGCACUCGCGAAAUCGCUGGCUUUAACGGUCUGGGCGAGGCGGUGCGGAGGCUGGACUUCCGCAGUUCCGUACGAGAUGGUCGUCGGUUCAACUAUGUGUGCGCCCUGUUGCGGCUACUCGUGUCCGGGAAAGGUAUCACAAGUCUUCCCGGUGGAGCCCAGAGGCUACUGCUGCAGAUGUUGGAAGAGGUCGCAACCUACGUUAGCGACUCACAGCAGAACAUAAACGUACUGAGGGGUCUGGUACAGCAGCUGCGUCUACUAGUCAAUCAGGAGAAUCAAAAAUGCUGGGGAAAACCUCUCGGGAGUCAGAGUCUAUGGGACGGGCACGUGCAAACUAUUCAACGGAUUCAGAACAUUGCUAGUCAAAUUCAGAUCAGAGAACCUGGUCCAAACAUUCGCCCAAAGCUACAUGAUCUGCCAGAAGAAUGUGUUCGUGAGAUUAUUUUAAGGAUUACCGACUACAAAGAUUUGGACGCUUCCGCGUCGGCUUGGUCGCUGAUGGCUGCGUUGAUUUCGGAACAACGCGUCUGGCGGGAGCUAUCCCACUAUCAUUUCAACAAACAGCAAAUCGACUUCAUCCUGGACAAAAUGUGUCUCCAGGACACGAAGGAACGCCAUCGCAACUGGCAGGCAAUCUAUCAUGCUCUUCGAAAGACUUACGGUGUACCUGAGGAACUGCAAUACGCCGAAAUAUUAGCUUUCUGUCGCCUUUGCCGCUGUUUGUUUUGGCCUUCCGCGGGGCACCCCUGUAUCGCGGACCAGUGUCCGGACAUCCGGCAGCGCAUCCGAGAGGCAGGUAACAGUGAUAAUACGGAAACUCAGCCGGUACCACCGGCCCAAUUCCUCAAAUAUUUCUCGUUGUAAUUUCCGAUGCCAUUAGGAGAGAGAAAAGAAACGAAUUUGUAUGCAAUUUAUUUCAUCGUUCGGCGGAUUUAGAGCGGAUUGCUAAAAACAAUAACAAAAUUUGUCAUACUUUCGAACGAAAAUAACGAAGAUCUCUGAGAUCGCUAAGCGCAGUACACGGAAUUGAAGCUAAGUAAGGAAAUAUAUUCAUCUAGACAUUUUCUUAAUAGCAAAUGUGUUCAGAUUACAAUUCUACAAAGAUAGAUGCAAAUUGCAGCAAUCUAUUUAUCAGUAAUUCCAAAAUUCUGCUACUAUUAGAACAAAAUACUGUCUGUAUUCGCAUAACUGUCCCAGCAAAUAUGGGACUGAUAUGAGAUGGCAAGCAGUGUCGAACUGCGGAUAUUUUCUGUACUGUGAAUUUUGGUAGCAAUUUGAAAUUUUAUGACUGUCUUCGAAUUUAGAUUAGUAUGCCUAACUGUUAUUUGUAACUAAUUUCCUAAAUUUACGAAUUCAGCAUUUACGAACUCAGAUCAAAAUGAAGAUCUGGAAUGGAAUGUCUUCUUCCUGAGGAUCAGUGAUGUACCCUACCUACACAAUUAGUAUUGCAGCUAAAAACAACUUUAUGAUUAUUUCUCGAUUUGUUAAAUUGCUAUUUUUAGCCAAAUUCCUACUUUAACAGUGUUUGUUAAAUUUAAAUUUUCCUGUUUUACCUUGAAUGAAUCCAAAUAAAAUGAUCCUGAAUUCGAAUUUUUAAUAGUUGUUUAUCUAGCAAACCAGAUUCGUGUUUAUGAAAAUUCGUAAUGUUAGCUUUUUUUCCAAGAACCAGAUACACACCAAUUGUAAAGUAAUAAGCUUAAUAGUAAUUGGUAUAGUUUUCCAGAAAGUUUCUAGUAGAACUCGUUGACUGUUGGGGCAAAUCCCUGAAUUUAUUUUUUUUAAUUAUGAGCAAUUUCUGAAGGUUUUCUGAAUAAAUUUCUAACGAAACACAAGAAGAAUUGUGCAAUUUUGCGUAGGACUUUAUGGAGGAUAUUGCUGGAUAAGGUCUUUCAAAUUUGUGGACGUGUACCUAGCAAAAUAUCUAUAUACUAUUUAAAGGGCAAACCCGCAAAAAUUUAUGCUGUAAUGUUCGGCGGAGCGCUUGAAAAAAUCCAUGUAUGAAUUGGUGACAAGAUUCGUGACAGAUUUCUGAUGAAAACUUCAAAAUUCAAAGCAAUUGGAGAGGAUUCUGUAAUAAGAAUUUCCUAGAGUUAUUUCCAGAACUAUUCCUGAUGAAGUUAUCUGAUUAGUUAAUUUCGCGACGGUAUCAUUAUGAGGUGUUCUAACUUUUGGUAAAAUAUUUAACUAGAUAGGUACUUGGAAAUACGUGGCAAUAAUUUCUCAAAAUAUGUGUACAGAUCGGACUCGAUUAUCCGGAAUCGGGUUCUGAAGAUUCCCAAUCAUAUAUCUAACGAAUGAAAUGCUGUAUAAAGCUAAAAUUUUGACUGAGAACUAAUUAAAGCUGGUUUGACAAAAUUCCAGCUUUAUACAGCAUUCCGUUCUCCAGAUAUUUGUAUGGGAAGCCAUAGAACCCGACUCCGGCUUCCGAGGAUAACCUAAAAUUGAUUCCGACUUUCAUUUAGGAGUUUCUUCCGGAAUGUCAUCAUGAACGUUUAUUCCAGAAUUAAGUGUAGCACUGGAUUGCUUCAGAAAUUCUUGCUGGAAUUCCUCAAGAAAUUACAGUUUUGGUUGCUUCAUAAAUUCUGUUGCAAUCCUUUCAGAGAUUUCUCGAAGGAUUUCUCCAGAAAUUCUUUUUAGGAUUCUCCCAGUAAUGUCUUUGGGCUUCCUUUAGUGAUUUUUGCUAGGGUUUCCCCUGGAAUUUAUGUAGGUAUUCAUGCAGAACUCCUCAAGGGAUUCUUCCAGGGAUUUUUCCAUGGAUUCCUCCAGGAAUGUAUAACUGUUUGAAUUUCUUCAGAUUUCUCUCAUUUUAUUCCUCUAGGGAUUCUUCAAGGUUUCCUCCAGAGAUUUCUCCAAGGAUUGCUCAAACAGUUUCUACAAUGAUUCCUCCGGGAAUUCCUCUUGAGAUUCCUUCAGGAAUUCUUGAUGAUUCUUGAGCAAUUCCCGCUACAAUUCUUUAGAUAGUUCUGCAGAAAUUCCUCCAAAGAUGUUCUGUUUUCAGGGAUUCCUUUGAGGAUUUAUUCAGGAGUUUCUCGGGGGAUUUAUCAGGUACGUCUCCUAGUAUUCCCACAGAAAAUUCUCUUGAAAUUUCAUUGGAAAUGCCUGCUGGGAUUGUAUAGAAAAUGUUCUGAGAUUCCUUUGCGUUUGCCAGCUGAGAUUACCACAAAAAUUCCUAUUGUUCGUGCUCCAGGGAUUUCUGCAAGGAUUCCUUCAGGAAAUCUUCUUGGGGUUCCUCCUGAAAUAAUAACCCAAGUAACAUUUUCUAGUGAAAUAGACUAUAAGAGGUUUUUAGGUCUCCUAGUGGUUCUUAGUAGCCUAGUGGUUAAGGCUAUAGAUCACCAAUCCGGAGACGGGAGGUUCGAUUCCCAUUCCGGUCGGGCAAAUUGUCUCGACUCCCUGGGCAUAGUGUAUCAUUGUCCUUGCCUCACAAUAUACAAAUUCAUGCAAUGGCUGGCAGAGAAAGCCCUUCAAUUAAUAACUGUGAAAGUGCUCAAAGAACACUAAGUUGAAGCGAGGCAGGCAAAGUCCCAGUGGGGACGUAGAGCCACAGAGGAGAAGAAGAAGGUUCUUAGAUCUAUCAUAAAAUCAUAAUAAAAGGUAUGACCGUAAGGUAAUUUUUUUGACAGUUCUCAAAACCUCUUUAGAAGUAAUUAGACAUUCAAAUGUUACAUGGGUAUUCUUCCAGGAUUUUUUUCCGAUGAUUUCUCUAGGAGUUCCUCUGGUACUACAUCUAGAACUCCUCUAAGAAUUCCUUCUGUGAUUUCUCUGUAGAGAUUUCUUCAUGAAUUCUUUUAGGGAUUCUUCAUAAUGUUCUUGCAGGAUAUCCUCUCGAGAUUCCUUCAGGAAUUCAUGCUAGAAUUGCUCCACAAAUGCUGCUGAAAUUUCUCCUGCAAUUUCUGGUGGCAAUCCUCCUGGAUUUCUUGCUGUGGUUCCUCAGAUAAUUCCUGCAUAUUCCAGGGAAAUGCUUGAAACGCAACAACAAUUACGGAGAAACUCUAGUAGGAAUUCCAGAAUUAAUCCCAUCAGAACUCUCUGGGAGUAUUCCAAGCAAAUUCCUUAGGGAAAUCCCUGAAGGAAUUGCAAGAGUUAUUGCUGGGCGAAUCGUAGGUGGAAUUCUUGUAGGAAUGCUUAGAAAAAUGUUUGGAUGAUUUUUAUAGGAACUCUAGUAAGAACUCCUGGAGAGGUUUCUGCAGUAAAUUCAGCAUGUAUUCUUGGAUAAAUUUCAACACAGAUUUGUCCUGGAUUACUCUUGGAAUUCCUCCAGAAUUUCCUUCUUGGGUUUAUUUUAGGAUUUCCUCUUGGGAUUUCUCCAGGAAGUCCAGCUGAAGUUUCGACAGGAAUACCUGCAGGGAUUUCUCCAGAUUCCUUCCCCCUUCGAUUCGUCAAAUAAUUUCUCUAAUGAUUUCUUCAUUAAUUUCGGUAAGAAGUUUCUUCUGGUAUUUAAGGAAUUUUAGGAAUUUCUCCAAAAGUUCCUCCAGAAAUGCUAGCUGGAACUUCUUCAAUAUUUAAUCCUGUGACGCAUCAAAGGGCUUUCUCCAUGGAUUCCUCCGAAGAUGGAAAUCCUCCCCGGAUAUCUUCAAGGGAUCCUUCUGGAAUAUCCCCUUCUCUGGUAGUGCCUACUGAGAAUCUUCGAGAAAUUCCUCCUGUUAUUCUACUACGGGUUUUUUCUAGGGUUCCUCCAGAGAUUUCUUUUAAGAUUCCUCAGAGGUUUUUCACAGAAUUCCGCUCAAGGCAGUCCCUAAGAGUUUUAAGAUGCCUAAUUUCUCUGAGGAGCUCUCUGAAUGCCUCCAAAAUGUCAAGACAUAAUAAUGAUCUCUGUUGUUCACGCAAGUCUUCAUUAAGGACAAACGUCUGGAAAUCCCGCUUCAACAGAACUUUAGACGCACAAAUCUCAAGAAGCAAGCUUCAAACAAUAGUGCAUUUUAUUAUUUUGUUCUUGCUCACUUGUUAUGAGCUUACAAUAAAAAGAUCAGGUGCGUUGGUUUUGUUUACGAGGAGAUUUGUGCGCUCGAAAUCGUGAGUAGAUGCCAAAGUUGACCAUUGUGGCGGCCAUUUUGGGUUUCUAACAAGUCUGUCCUUAAAACUCCCAGAAAAUUAUCUCGACAGAAAUUUCUGUAAGAAAUGCUAGACGUAGCUCUGUGCAAUCGACCAGAAAUUCUGUAAUAAAUUAAAUUAUUAUAUUCUUUAGCAAGGUCAAUGUUUCUGUCAGAAAUCAUAUGUAUCUAGUCUAGAGAAACUUUGAAACUUUCGGCAGAUUUUUUCUGGGAGAAAUUAUUCCAGACAUAUCACAAAACUCGAGGAUAUUGACAAGUUCUUCAAAACUUUCAUGUUGAUGUUCAUGUUCAGUUCAAAAAAGCAAUGUUACAGAAAGCACAUCCAGUUGCUCUUGUCCGGAAUGUCUUCAAAAGUUGCAUUUCUUCAGCAGUUUUAUCAGAAGUUUGAAUUAGGUUUUCUUUUAUCCUUAAAAUUUUUUGUUUUGAUUGUUGAACUUUCACUAAUUCCCAGAGAAACAUACCAGAGGCAUAGUGUAAUACCUGACGAAAAUUCCUGCUAGUAUUUCCUGAAUACCAGGUACCAGGAAGAUUAACUAAUUGAAAAAUAUAUAAAAUAGGGUGAACCAAAUAAAUGUGUCAGAGUGUCAGAAAACCUUUAGAAUCUGCAUCUCCUAGUCUUUUUAUUGAAGAAUUUUCAAAUAUUAAAAUUUAUGACAACAUUUUCUAGUAUGUACAACACCUGCAAUAAAUUCAUACGAAAUUGCCGGAAAGUGUCCAAAAGCUUCUAACGACAUAUCUGGUAGGAUUUCUGAAACAGCUUUUGACGAAGUUUCUGAAGAAAUCCCUGGAUAAAUUCUCAGUGGAUUUUCAUGAAGUAUUUCGUGUAAUUUUUAGUUUUAGUGGUUGACCCUUUGUAAGUUCCUUCCGAUGAAAUUCCUGGAAAAUGUUUAAUCAAAUAAUCCUGGAGAGUUGUAGACGAAGCAUGUUAGAUAAGUUUUUACUACCUUUCCAGAUAAGUUCCAAUUUAAAGGGAAUGUCCUUGUCUUGCCCAACGAUUCGGAAACAUUCUUGUUGGAGCUCCUGCUUAAGGCGAAACUGGACGCAGUUCCUAUUUUUUUUAGUUUGGAUUAUUUUUAUUAAAUAACGAAUCAAUAUUUUCAAAAUCGGUUUUCAUACACAGAGGAAGGAUCGAGCUAUCUCCUGGAAUUUUUUCAGGUGUAAAGUUUUACACCAUUUUAUUUAACCAUAUUUUUAAGAUAUUUCUUCAAAGAAUUGCAAAUGCGCAAGCAACAAGUAGCAGUUUCAGUCUCGUUGGCCUGCUAAAUAAUCAGAUUUGUGCUCUUGUAGCAUUAAUCGAAUUACAAGGCGGCCAUCUUUGAUAUCUAACAACCUUAUUCUCAAUUUUAAUGAAGUUGAUUUGUUUAUCCCUUUUGUGACGAACCAGCACAAUUGUGCUGUUGAGCGAUAACAGUUUUGCGUAUUUUUUCAUCUGUUUAGUCUUUGCUUUAUGUGAUGUGAAUUAUUUCAAUAAUUCAGCCAUUACUAAUAAUUGUAUGUGUGCAAACAAACGUUUGUUUAUGUUCCCUCUGAGAUUUACCACAUCAAGUUAAACAAAAAGUGGACAAAAACCGUAAACCAUGAAAAAGUUUUAUCUGUCGCAUAUUUUUUUUCCGUUUCUUUCUAGAAGAUAGUCAAAGCUAGAAAUCGAAAGGCAAAGGGUAGUUUUUUCAAAUGAGGAAACAUAAUUGUUAUUUUGUUGGGGAAUCUAAGAGUUUUGGAAAGCCAAAUUUGAGCUAUUUGUAUGAAGAUUUCACUUGUUUCCGCCCCGUCCCGCAAGGGUUAUCUUGGAUUACUUUUCAUCCGUUGUACUGUUACUGCCAUUAGAUUAAAUACGUUCAUUUUCCCUUCAUCAUAAGAAGUUUGAAAAGUCUUCUCAAUAUUAGUAAAAAAGCAGCCGUCUAAUUCCGUUAAAAAGGUUUGUGAUAUUUUUUUUACAUUGCAUGCAAACUUCUCCGGUGUCUAGGGAAUCACACAACAGAAAUAGAAAGAUAUUUGAUCGCGCCGUUUUAGAAAAUAGUUUCAGUUUCUAUAAAUUGAUUAACGAAAAUUUAUCUUUGUACAUCCAUAAAACGUUGCAAUUUAAAACUAUAGAAAGCGAGAAAUGUGAUAACUAACAAAAAAAGAGAAAUCUCUCUAAAACACGUACUACACUUAAACAAUCUUUGAAUCGCGAAAAUUCUCAAUGGAUCGAGGACUCUAAUUUUACGGUAAAUAUCAGACAGCGCUGCCAAUUAUACAAUUUGUUCACGUUUUGUUGGCAAUACUUCUCUGCCAUGUGGGGCAAAAACUCCUUGAUGACGGUCGGUACAGUCUAACCAUGUUACUAACAACACUAGUUAGAACCUAUCUGUGUGUGUGUAUGUUCCUUCGAUCCAUUGAUGUAUGGUUCCGAUGUAAGUUUAACCCUCGAGCAGUCGCGUCUUUGACUACCUGCAGCGACGCCGCGCUCACGAUGUGUACCACAACCGUGCAUUUUUCAUGAUGCGUGUACUCAGUACACGACGCGACCGCUCCCGGGUUAACUAAUACUAUGUAGUUUCUACUUUGCUACUCUUGUUUUUGGACGUUUUUAUAAUCUAAUCUGUAUUCUACACUUAAGAUUUGAGAUAAAUUUCAAUAAUUGUUCAAGUAGCAAGUUAGGAAGAUUCGUUGAGUGAAAUGAUAUUUUGAACGGCAUGUCUAUGGAAGAUAGAUAAUUGAGUGCAUUAUUUUUUUUAUUAAUUCAAAUAGUUUUCAUCCAAAAUCCAAGUUCCUUCUCAAAUGGUUUAGUAAACAAUAAGCAAGCAACCCUCAUCAGUCUCGCCAGAGAGCAAAUUCGAUGUUGUAUCGCUGUAGCACCUGUCAAGCAUUACCGAUACUGUGUCUUCGAUUUCAUUGUUUCACACAUCACAAAUGCGCAAAGCACCCAACAAUUGUUGUAAGGUACUCAAAACCAAGUGUUAAGCACCACGCAAUUUGAUUUGAGUAUACCACGUUAGGCAUUGAUUUGCUAGGCGUACGAAUUCCAGACCAUGCUUGUUGUUCGCACUCCUCACACAUUUAUGCCUAACGUCGCGCACCCAUUUAGUUUAUCGUUAAGUAGGUCAAAUAUGAAUUCUAAUAAAAAAAAUAGACAGAACAUGAAUAUCACACCAAUAUAAUAUCCUAGAAUUACUCUUCCUAACUGUUAGUAAUGCAAAUAGGACAUUCAGGAACGAUGACAGACAGCUAUUAGACGUCCCGCAGUUGGAUAUUACGAAGGAUAAGUUUAUUGAAACGGUAAUGCAAAACAGAGAUUAAUAAAUAAAUGAUACUAUACUGCAUAUUUCAUAUAUAAGAACUGCAUUAAACAGAUAAAUAUAUUUUACCACAAA